GAAAGCAUCAGCGCAAGACCGCCCCACGGGAGACUUUAAAAAAAAAAAAGAACACACACACACACGACACAUUCAGGAAAGAAAGAAGGGACUGUCCAGAGGGGUCUCGCUUUCUCCCUCUCUCUCUCUCUCUUUCUCUCUGUCUCUCUCUAACCCCCCCAACACCCCAACCUGCCCUGCUAUCUCGAUAGACCUUCGUCAGCAGGAAGAGGAGGUGGAAGAAGACGGGAGACGUGGGACGAGUUAACCUUCUACGUCAUCAAUCAUCAGCAACAUCAUCUAUAGUCGUCUUACCACCACCACCACCCCCGCCCCCGUCGCCGCCAGCUGCUAGCAGACCCGGACUUCAGCGCCACCAAAAGGGUGGUGGGCGAAAGUCAAGGAAUUAAGCGAUGUCCAUCAGCCUCUGGAAUGUCUGUGGUUGUCUCAUCCUCUCCGUCGUCACGAUAUCCGCAAAUACACAGCAGGACAAACAGCAUCACCCGAAUGACUACGUAAGGGAGGUCAGUCUGCGAAGUGGGCCCUUCCCCCCCGGCGGAGAUCUCGGCGUUCUCCACCUGGCCCCCAAAGAUGCCACGGAGACCAACCGACCGGCCAGGUCCUCGUCUUCGCCGUCCUCGGCUUCCUCCUCUUCACUAGUGGGCAUCCCGUCGCUCUCCUCGGGUCGAAACGAGGACUCGUUCUGGGCGAUGAGGGGGAAGAGGACGCGAGAUGAUGGUGGUGAUGGUGGUGGCUCCCUUGGUACAGUCAGUCGCGGCGGCCGGGAGAUGAGAGACCAGCAGCAUCAGCGUCAGAUCCCUGCCUCCGCGUCCUCCACAGCCAACGCGCAGCAGUCAGACUUGCCCUCCGCCGAUAGUAUCUACACGGAAGACAAGCCGGACGAUGAAAGGGGCAACGAAAACGGUGCAGAAACAGGUGAAAGCUUCGAUGACGAAGAGGACGACGAGCAGGACGUUUGGUUGGCUCGUGAUGACGAGGGUGAAGAUGCUGACACGGAUGAGGAUGGCGACCUCGACUUCAGCGAAGGAAGCUGGGCAUCGCGCGACAAGAAGGGGAUCAGCGAUUACACCCCGUUCUACUGGGGAUCGAACCAAAAUGUGUGGGGCAAAGCACCUCUCAGUGGAGCGCCAAUACCGGCUGUCCUCACUGAGACUCCUAGAACUUCCAAGAUGCGCAAUUCAAACACCAUCUCCGGGUGGGAAUCCAACCAGAGUUUCUGGGGCAAAAGAAACGACGAAGGUCCCUUCUGGGUGUCCAGGGGGAAGCGGGACCAUUCCGAUCCCUUCUGGGUCACGCGUGGGAAAAAGGGGGAGGACUACUCUGGCCCUUACUGGAUUGCGAGGGGAAAACGACCCCUGGCGACAGAGGGGUACUGGGGAUCUGGUCCUUUCGCCUUGGGCAAGAGAAUUACCGGUGCAGAGAAACUGGAAGGAUUCGCUGACCUGCAGGGGAACGGCAUGAUGGGAGAGAGCGACGACAAAGGGCCUUUCUGGGUCACUCGCGGCAAGAAGGAGACCCAAGACAUGGAUCCGGCUUCCCCAUUCUGGGUCAGCAGAGGAAAAAGGACUGAAAACAACACAUUCUGGGUGACGAGGGGCAAGAAAGACGGCAUCGCCCAUCCAUUCUGGGUCAAUCGGGGCAAAAAGGAACUCGAGAAAAAUCAUCCAUUUUGGAUUGCUAGGGGUAAGAAAGCAGAGACUGACAGCACCUGGCAGUUACAUGACAAAAAGGACAGUGACGUGACGCCAUUCUGGGUUGCAAGAGGUAAAAAAGAUGAAGUUUCACCCGAUUCCACGACCAGAGAGAAAAAAGACGUCAGUCAGACACCAUUCUGGGUGGCAAGAGGGAAGAAAGAUGAUCAAACACCAUUUUGGAUUGCAAGAGGAAAGAAAGACAAUGCUCAGAUGCCAUUUUGGGUAGCAAGAGGAAAGAAAGAUAAUCAAACUCCACUUGAGACUUCUCUAGGGGAAAAGAAAGAUGCUCAGACACCCUUCUGGAUAGCACGAGGGAAAAAAGAAGACAGCCAAACACCCUUCUGGAUAGCACGAGGGAAAAAAGAAGACAGCCAAACACCCUUCUGGAUAGCACGAGGGAAAAAAGAAGACAGCCAACCACCCUUCUGGAUAACACGAGGGAAAAAAGACGACAGCCAACCACCCUUUUGGGUAGCACGAGGGAAAAAAGAAGACAGCCAAACACCCUUUUGGGUAGCACGAGGGAAAAAAGACGAUAAUCAGACACCCUUCUGGAUAGCACGAGGGAAAAAAGAAGACAGCCAAACACCCUUCUGGAUAGCACGAGGGAAAAAAGAAGACAGCCAAACACCCUUCUGGAUAGCACGAGGGAAAAAAGAAGACAGCCAAACACCCUUCUGGAUAGCACGAGGGAAAAAAGAAGACAGCCAAACACCCUUCUGGAUAGCACGAGGGAAAAAAGAAGACAGCCAAACACCCUUCUGGAUAGCACGAGGGAAAAAAGAAGACAACCAACCACCCUUUUGGGUAGCACGAGGGAAAAAAGAUGAUAGCCAAACACCCUUUUGGGUAGCACGAGGGAAAAAAGACGAUCAUCAGACACCCUUCUGGAUAGCGCGCGGAAAGAAAGAUGAAGAUCGGGAACCUCUUUGGUUCGCCCUGGACAAAACCAAAGACCAAACACCAUACUGGGUAGCCCGGGGGAAGAAGCAAGAUUCGAACCCUUACUGGAUCGCACGAGGCAAAAAACCAGACCCCGAGGAGCAGCUGCAGAGCGACCCCAACCUCUUCUGGGUGGCGAGAGGCAAGAAAGAUGGACUGACCAGUCCUUACUGGAUCGCCCGAGGCAAAAAGGAACCAGAGACCCCUAACCAAUUCUGGGUAGCCCGGGGGAAAAGGACCGGGGUGGACAACCCCUUCUGGGUCGCCAGGGGAAGGAAAACCGACCCCGAAGAGGAUAGCGAGAACUUGUUCUGGGUCGCUCGAGGGAAAAAGAACUUCUGGACGUCCAGAGGGAAAAGGCCGCAGCUCCUCCAAGGGAGGGACCACGAUCUCCUUAUGACCUACGUCAUGGAGGCCCUACUGGGACAAAAAGAUAUGGACAACUCGGAAACUAUGCAGAGACUCCGCGGGAAAAAGGGGACCUCGACCUCGUUGGCCACGACAGUCGCGCAGACGCAGAACGAAGACCCAUAUGGCAAAGGAUUUGUUGCGCUGAGAGGAUAGUUCACAUCUAGACCUCUCUUCACUGUUUCACUUCAAAGUUUAUAAUAUUGUCAUUUAGUUUAUAUUAAGAUUUUUACAAUGUGUGUAUAAGGAAAGGUGUUUAACUGUGUUCCAAGAGUCACUUACCAUUAGGUCACUUGCUUGGGAUAUACUAUAUAUAUAUAUAAGUAAAUAUACAUAUUGAAUACAUUGUGUAUCAACAUAUUUAACCACAUGCAAAGCAAAAAAGUUCGACUACAAAAUGUUAUUGUGCUGAAAUAAAUGCAGAAGUGUAUAUGAACCUUUGAACAUUAGCCUGAGAAAAUCUUUAAAAAAAAAAUUCUUCAUGGACAAAACAAUACAAAAAUAGUAAGGACAUUACGAGCAAUUUGAAAUUUUCAAGUUCUUGCUAAUGACGAGCUGCAAUUAAAAAAAAGACGCUAAAUAAUCCGUGCCUAAGAACAGUGACCUUAACAAAGGGGGUGACCUAAUCCUACCGAACGUGACCUACCGGAUAUCCUAACGUCACAAGGGCUGGAGGAGUUAGGAUGACCUGCGUAUUUCACUUACAAAUAAAUCCUAAAAAGGGA